UUUUGAACAUAUGAAGAAAUCUGGAGACUAUUAUGUGAUCGUGGUGGAAGACACAAACCUUGGACAAAUUGUUGCCACAGCAACACUCAUCAUAGAGCACAAAUUUAUCCAUGCUUGUGCAAAGAGGGGGCGUGUGGAAGAAGUGGUUGUGAGUGACGUAUGCAGAGGGAAACAGCUUGGAAAACUGUUGGUAUCAACAUUGACUCUCCUCAGCAAAAAAUUGCAGUGCUACAAAGUAACACUGGAGUGUGCGCCGAAAAAUGUGGAGUUUUAUAAGAAGUUUGGCUACUCCGCUUCAGAUGAGACUUACAUGCAGUGCCGGUUCGGUGACUGAAUCCAAAAGAAUCUUGAACAUCACAGAAUGUUUGCUUUAGAACUCUUAAUCGGUUCUGUUUUCUGAGAUCGGACUACCUCGAACUUGCACCUUUUUUAGCCAGCAAAAAAAAAGAAAAACUUGAUAAUUU